UUCACUCAUUCUUUAAACUUCCUAAAUAAAACUCUAGCCGGAAAAGGUAAAGAUUCUGAUCAAUUCGCGACUUUAAUCGCCGGAAAAAAAUGUCGACGAGCUCGAGCAACACCUGGUUACUCACUCUUAAGGUUGCGCUGAUCUCCACUGGCGUGGUCUCCAUGGCCGUGGGGCUGAAACUCUCAUCUCCAUUGGUCGCCGACGCCGUCAUCUCCCAAGUCCCUUCUCUCUGGAGCUCCGCCAUCUCCUGGCUCAGACCACCGUAUCUCUACAUACUCAUUAACUGCAUCAUCAUCAGCAUCGUCGCCUCCUCCAAGCUCCACCCCAAACCCGAAGAUUCUCAUCCGGAAACGGAGCCGGAGCUGGUGAUGGUCCCUCCUCUGACGACGGAGAAGAUCUCCACACAAAUACAAUCCGACUACGCGGCGUACGACGGCGUGAUUCUAAGCGAGUACGGUUACGAUGCGAAUGUGCUGCCAAAGAUUUCGGAUUCGUAUGGAGGAGGGACUGGAGGAGUAGUGCUGGAAGAGAAGGUUUGGGUCCCGGAGGCAGUGAAGAAGAAGGAGAAGAGAGAAGAUAGGGCGGGGAUUGACUGCGGCGAUGAGAACGCCUUGGUAUCGACGCCUGUAAAGACGAGUUUGCAGAGGAAGGGCUCUAUGGAGUUCUGGUUGAACGAGAAUCAGAAACCGCCGGUUUCCGCUCGUAUCGGUCACAGAAAAUCAGUUAAAUCUAGCCCUGAAGGGGGGAAGUCGCUGGGAGUGUCGAAGCCGAAACGGCACGACACGUUGGAGAGCACGUGGAGGACGAUAACGGACGGGCGGUCGAUGCCGUUGACGAGACACCUGAAGAAGUCGGACACGUGGGAGACGCACGUGAGGAGGAAUGACGAGAACACGCCGCCUCCGAAGUCGAAGGUGAACAAGUCGGAGACGUUCCAGGAGCGGAGCAGCGGGAACUCGCCGUCGCUGGCUCGUUCGUCGGGGUCAGGGCGGCUGAGGAAGGAGCCGUCGUUGAGUCAGGACGAGUUGAACCGUCGAGUGGAGGCGUUCAUAAAAAAGUUUAACGAGGAAAUGAGGCUGCAGAGGCAGGAGUCGUUGAAUCAGUACCAGGAGAUGGUAAGCCGUGGGGCCCAGCCCCCAUUGUCUCACUAGUUUAUUUUUUUAUUUUUUAUUUUUUGUUUAUAUAUUUAUCCAUUUUUUGUUUGGGUAAAGUGAUAGGUGCUGAUGAAAAUACAGAGUUAAUUUGUUGGGUAAAAAUUGCGUUUAGGGUACUUUUAUAAUUACAGUUGGGUUUUGAAAAUUGCAAUCAACUCCAACGGCUAGUUUUAAUGUCAGAAGGAUUCUCUCCGGAUCCUCAAAUUGUGGUUUUAAUGUCAUUGUAUAUCGUGCGGUCAGUUUUCA